AUAUGCCAAUGAAUGAACAGAACUUUGUGAAUCGAUAAAAUGACUCCAACAGGUUCGCAGCAUACAGGUGCAUGUAUAUUUUAACAGUGAUUUAAAAUUUUACACGAUCUGGAUUAAUAUUACGCAAAAUAUGGGUGCAUCCGUUCCUCCAUAUGAAGCUGCUGCUAUAGCCACAGGACUUAUAAGUGUUGGAUUAAUUAUGGCAGCUAUAGUUAUAUUUAUCUGUUGGAAAUUCCCUAUAUGUAGAUCUAGGACUUUCUGGGACAGACAAACAAAAAGAAUACUUAGGAAAUUAUACAAGUCACUAAAUUUAUCUGCCAGCCGAUUACAACGGGAAAGAGAUAAACCGGAAGAUACUAGAAGCCUCGUUAUGGGACCAUUACUUCGACGUAGACAAUCGGAACAAACUAAAUUUGUUGUGCCUCAAAUUUUUGUGGAUUAUGGCAGUAGAAGAACUUCUUACGCUUCAGAUUACAUGAGGCGAUGUUCAGCAGAAAGCGGAAGUAGUCGACGUACAUCGUUAGCUUCCGGUGAUACGGAUAGACGUGGGUCAGGAAGUAGCUUAAGUAGCAGACGAACUUCUCUUGCGUCUGAUGCUGAUCGUCGGGGAUCUGCUGGAAGUAGUAUCUCAAGUAGGCGAACAUCUUUAUUGUCUUCUGAAUGUGCAUCACGACGAGGUUCCGGAAGUAGCAAAAGUGCUAGCAGUAGAAAAAGUUCUGAUGCCAGCCGGUUUGGCGACACUGACGAGUUACUAGCCGAUUAUUCCGAUUCUGAAACCAUUGAAGAGGAUUACAUGGCAGAGAUGGCCGAGAUGAACGAACAGGAAAUGAGACGUUCAUCGUACGAGGAACCAAUUGGGAAACCAGUCAAAGAAAAGGACCGCAGAAAAUUAUAUCGACGGAGUCAUUCAUUGGCUGAAAUUCGACGUCCUACGCAUGUGUUUCUUCCCGAAGGUGGACGAGGGCGUGGAGACGGUAGAAGAAUUACUCUAUCUUCGUUAGUUGUUAGCAGUAUGAAUGCCUUAGAUUACACAGUAAAUCCAGUCACUCCACAGUGCCAAGCCAGGAAAAAACCUAAGUUAAACGUAAGAGGUAGUAUUGGACUUCCAGAUAAACCUGUAGUUAUGCAUGAUUUGAAUCUAGACGAUAUGAUGAUGCCAAGUUUUACCCCUCCAAUGCCCCCUACAGGGAAAUUAAAAGUUCAGUUUCAAAUGGCAGAAAACAAGACGUCAUUAACAGUUAUUGUUAUAGAGGCAGAUAACCUACGGAUAGCCGGACUUCCCGCUGAUACUGAAAUCAAUCCAUAUGUUAAAGCAUUUCUAGUGCCUGGAAGAACAUUCAAAUAUAGAACAAAAACCAUUCCGAAAACCAAAACUCCAGUCUUUCUUGAGAAAUUUACAAUAACGGAUUUAGUGCCAAGUGACAUGGACGAUAAAGCUGCUAUCGAAUUUCAAAUUUAUUCUUCGCAUAAUGUGACACGUCGACAUCUAGUCGGAAUGUCUUCUAUUCUUCUGUCAAAUCUUUGUGAACUGGAAAAUGGAUUGGCUGAUUUAACCAUUAUGCCAGAAACUGUAUAUAGACUUCACCAAGGAGACAUACGAAUAUCUGGUUGUUAUCAGCCGGUUGCAGGAAAAAUUGUAUUUAAUGUAUUAGAAGCAAGAAACUUACCAAGAGUUUCAUUAUUAGGUGCUAUUAAUCCAUAUGUUAAAGUUGAAAUGUAUGUCAAUGGAAUUCGUCAGGAUAAACAUAAAACCAAAGUGAGACAAAAUACACAAGACCCGGUGUGGAAUCAUCCUUGUGUUUUUGAAAUCAAUAGAGAAAACCCUAAACUUCUUGGGCAUGCAUUCGUCUUUCAGCUAAUACAUAAAGACAUGAUGAUGGGAGUUCAGAAAUUAGGUCAAGUUGAAUUAGGGUGGUAUAGCCAUGGUGAACAGUUAGACCAUUGGUAUGACAUCAUGGAGCAUCCACACAGACCAACUGACUAUUGGCAUCCUGUGAUAAAGACCAGUAAGAUAGGGUCCUGACCUAAUGGAUAACGUGAUAUUAGUCAUAAUCGACGGCAGCCAUUACUUUAACGUUCAUAUCGUUGUGUUAACCUAAACAACGACCUCAAUGAUCGGAUAUCCGAGUCUCAUUGCAUGGCGGAGAUCUCCGAUCCCUGUGUCUCCUGAUAGCAUAAGGUGUACUGAACAAGUAGAUUUCUUGACAAUCAUGAUUCAAAGAUUGACGAGAUAGCGAAUCAAAGCAAUAACGACACAUUCAUAAAACAGUUUAAUAGAGGAAGUGUAGUCUGCAAGAGGUCAUAUUACAUGUACAUGUAUCAUACAAUACAGUUUAAUAGAGGAAGUGUAGUCUGUAAGAGGUCCUAUAACAUGUACAUGUAUCAUACAAUACAGGCACAUGCUAGUUUUAUUAUUAUAUACUCUUUAAAUAUGUCUAUUUUUUUCGCAUACUUUAAUAUUACCUACGUCACAAUGGCUUAUUAUAGCAUUCUAUGUGCCGUAUUCAUUUGUUAAAAACAAAAAUCAAUUGAAGCAUUCUGUGUUCAAAAAUUUAUGAACUCUAUCAUAUGUGUUCAAAUUGGCCGGACAAAUAAUUAAAUGUUUAAAUACAUUGAAACAUUCACAGUGUGAGAAACCUGUUUUGUGUGUUUGUCAACGUUAGCGUUGUCUGCCCUAAUAUAACAUUUAAACACCGUCUAGAUAUCAAUUUAGAUUGCUGAGUCAAACAGUUGUAUUUUAACGUUCUGCUUUGAAUUGAACGAGCACUUUGGCAAUCUGAUUACAAGAUAAAAAGACCCAUGAGCUUUAUAACUUAAGGGUUUGAACAAAACAACUAGCAUUAAGCAUAAUGAGAUAUUACCAAAGGAAAUUAUGCGGGUUUUUUUUUUAAAUCUGAUGAUUUCAAUAUUGAUUUUAUAUAUGAUGAAAUUUAAAUGAAUUUUACAAAACAUUGUCAAACGGAUCAGAUAAAAAUGUCUUAAUUAAGAUCUUGAAAAAAAAUUUGUUGUUAAAAAUUUCAUUUUGAUUACCUUUUCAUCUAAUUCUUUUUAUAUCAGCACUUAUGAACACAAGUAUUAUAUAUUAAGAUUUUUUUUGUCAUUUUAAGGGAUAAUAUCAUGUUCAUGGUUGAUGUAAAGUACAUACGGACAUGACAUCCCACAUUAUAUGUUUUAACUUUAAAACGAAGACACAAACACUGCUAAACAGAAAAUAGAAAAUAUUCUACCGUGAAAUUUUAAAAUACAGACAAUUCAGUUGGAGAAGAUAAGCAUUUUGUUUCUGUAAGAGUUACGUUACUUAAUUUGGCAUUCAAAUGUCAAGGUUUGAGCGUUUUAAUAAAGGUAAUUCGAGAAAUGCGCUUUUGACGCACGGAAUUUACAAAAUGUAUAAUUAAUGAAAAUAAAUCAGAUAAUAUGUUUAUUAUAUAUAUUAUUUUAAAAAUGUAGGAAAUGUGAUUAUUUACAUUGGAUAAUUGAAAUUCGAAUUGUGAGGAAAGUAUAUAUCAAAAACGUUAUGUGCAAUUAUGAUAUUUUUACACGAAGCCUCCACAUAUUCUACUGAAAUUUGACAUCAUUUUUUAUGGUAAAGUAAACAAGAGUCUUAAUAAGUUAAAGAUACUCAUUCAGGAUAUCAGUGAAUGGCAAUUGUAUUGUUGUAUGUAUAUAACUGUGAUAAUCAACAUGUGAACUAUGUUGCUGAAUAAGUUUAUUUAUCUGGUGUUAAUGUUUAAUGUUAAAAAUAAAGAAUAUUUUGCAGUA